AUGCAGGAGUUGAGUAGUCGAGAGUCCGACAUAAAGAAUGAAUUGAAAAUGGCGGAGGUAGUAUGUAGUAAGAAGCGAAAAGCAGAGGUGUGUUUAUGGUUGGAAAAUGUGGAAAAGAUUACAAGCGAAGUUACUAAAAUAGAAGAUGAUUCUAAACAAGCAAAGAGAUAUUUAAUCCCUUCUCAUUUAGCACUGGAAAAGCGUGUCGUAAAGAAAAUUGAAGAGGUGGUGAAGCUUAAGGAGAAAGGUCAAUUUUCAGAAGGGUUACUUGCUGAUCUAUUACUUGAAAAUGGAAGCAUGCCGGCUACAAAACUCAUGGGUAGAACAACAGUAGAAAGAAAUAUUUUGGAACAGAUUUGGGAGUCCUUGAUAAAUCAAGAGGUCAGAACUAUUGGUGUCUAUGGUUUGGAGGGAGUCGGCAAAACAACCAUCAUGACCCACAUCUACAAUAAAAUAGAGAGUUCUAGAGUAUUUGACACUGCCAUUUGGGUGACAGUGUCUAAUGAUUCUAAUAUUGAGAGACUACAGAAUGGUAUUGCACAAGCAAUAGGAUUGGAGCUUUCCAAUAAAGAAGAUGAAAUGAUAAGGUCAAUGAUGCGUAGGGAAAAGUUCGUUAUCAUCUUUGAUGAUGUGUGGAAAUCGUUUCCUUUGGAGAAGGUAGGGAUUCCCGAAGGCAAUGCAUACAAAAUAGUAUUGACUACUCGAUUUAAAAAUGUGUGCCGAUCCAUGCAGCAGGAAAUGAUUGACAUGAAGGCUCUUUUGAAAGAAGAAGCAUAG